GGAACGAUAGUGAUGAUCUACCAGCACGCGGAAAUGAGUCUGAUCAUCAGUCUGCAUCAUCUCAGGAGUGUCAACCACUGCCACCUGAUGAGCUAUGUUUCAAGAACACCGAGUUCACCCAGACGUGUAAGAUACAGAGCAAGUGCUAUGUGACCGCGACGGUGAAGAUCCUGAAAAAGGCUAGGUUUAAGCCUGAGCUGGAGUGGUUUGAAAACCACCCUCAGUUUUGUCAUUCUUUCCACAUGCCCGAUGAACCAAACUUGAAGCUGCAGGGUAUGUGGAUGCUUCUAUUGUGCACUGUUCUUUUACACGAGUCAGAGGACACAUCUUGGUUUGCUGUUAAUGGAGUGCCCAUUCGGUAUUCAAUGAGAGAGCAUGCUCUCAUCUCGGGAUUGGACUGCCAUGACUACCCGGCUAAGUAUAAGAAGAUUGGAAGCUUUGCGUUUGUAGACAUGCAUUUCAAAUCACAUAAGGAGAUCACGAUGAUAUCUGUGAGAGAGAAGUUGUUGAGUAUGAGUGCGUGUGGGGAUUGA